GCCAUUACUCUGAGGAGAAGAUUGCCGGCAUUAGGGUGUAAAAAUGCAGAGCAAUAAAACUUUUAAUUUGGAGAAGCAGAACCAUACUUCCAGGAAGCAUCAUCAACAUCACCACCAGCAGCACCACCAGUCACAGCCGCAGCAGCAGCCGCCACCACCACCACCAAUACCUGCAAAUGGGCAACAGGCCAGCAGCCAAAAUGAAGGUUUGACUAUUGACCUGAAGAAUUUUAGGAAACCAGGAGAGAAGACUUUUACCCAACGUAGCCGUCUUUUUGUGGGCAAUCUUCCCCCGGAUAUCACUGAGGAGGAAAUGAGGAAACUAUUUGAAAAAUAUGGGAAAGCAGGAGAAGUUUUCAUUCAUAAGGAUAAAGGCUUUGGCUUUAUCCGCUUGGAAACACGAACCCUUGUGGAGAUUGCCAAAGUGGAGCUCGAUAAUAUGCCCCUCCGUGGAAAACAACUGUGUGUGUGCUUUGCCUGCCAUCGUGCAUCCCUUGCAGUCCGAUACCUUCCUCAGUAUGUGUCCAAUGAGCUACUGGAAGAAGCCUUUUCUGUGUUUGGCCAGGUGGAAAGGGCUGUAGUUAUUGUGGAUGAUCGAGGAAGGCCCUCGGGAAAAGGCAUUGUUGAGUUCUCAGGGAAGCCAGCUGCACGGAAAGCUCUUGACAGAUGCAGUGAAGGAUCUUUCCUGCUAACCACAUUUCCUCGGCCUGUGACUGUGGAGCCUGUGGACCAGUUAGAUGAUGAAGAAGGACUUCCAGAAAAACUUGUUAUAAAGAGCCAACAAUUUCACAAGGAGCGAGAGCAGCCACCUAGAUUUGCACAACCCGGCUCCUUGGAAUAGGAGUAUGCCAUGCGCUGGAAGGCACUUACUGAGAUGGAGAAGCAGCAGCAGGAUCAAGUGGACUGCAAUAUCAAGGAAGCUCGUGAGAAGCUAGAGAUGGAGAUGGAGGCUGCUCGCCAUGAGCACCAGGUUAUGCUGAUGAGGCAAGAU